AUGCAGGAGAGCUACGAGAGCGUCAUCUCCCUGGCCGAAGAAAUCGCCAUCAGUUGGCCGCGCAUCACCGCCUUCGCCGAAUCGCACCGGAGGAGGGGGUUGGUAACCGACGAUGGGUUGUUGAGUGAGAACGAAGAGGAAGACCCACCGCCGGGCGAGCUGGAGAAGGUGGACGCCGAGGGGACGCCGGCGGGGAAGCCCAAAGGGACCAGCCCCACCGGCGCCGAGGGGCCAAAACCCGGUGACAGUCCUCAAAAACCGGAGAACCAACCCAGAAAGCCACCGGGCAAACGACAGGGGAAAUCGGGCCACCGUAGCUUCAAGAAAUUCCCUCCUCGCGCCUUGCUCGGCCACGGCCGCUGCCACGACUGCGGCAAAGCUUUGGCGUUCGGUUCCGCCUUCAACAAACGCCGGCGAGGGACCGAACGACCCCAUAAGUGCCCCGAAUGCGGGAAAUGUUUUCGGCUCAGCUCCACCCUCAUCACCCACCAACGCCGGCACGCCGGCGACAAACCCUACAAGUGCCCCGAUUGCGGCAAAACCUUCAGCGUCGGUUCGGCUUUCAUCCAACAUCAACGGGUGCACGCCGGCACCGGUGCCGGCGCGGCGCCUUGCCAAUGCGGCGUCUGCGGGAAGAGUUUCCCGGCCACCGCCAGUUUGGUGAAGCACCAAAAACUACACCUGGAGGAAAAACCCUACAAAUGCGGGGAUUGCGGGAAGGGUUUCAACUGGAAUUCCCACCUGGAACGGCAUCGCCGGAUCCACACCGGCGAAAAGCCCUACGCCUGCCCCGAGUGCGGUAAAAGCUUCAGUUGGAGCUCCCACCUCGACCGGCAUCGCCGUACCCACGCCAAACCUUUGCAGUGCAACGAAUGCGGCAAGGGCUUCACCAAGAGCGCGGCGUUGGCCAAACACCGGCGCGCUCAUGCCGGCGAGAAGCCCUACAAGUGCGGGGAGUGCGGCAAAGGUUUCGGCUUGAACGCCGCCUUGUUGCAGCAUCAACGGAGCCACGCCGCCGGCAAACCCUACCAAUGCGGUGAUUGCGGUAAGAGCUUUGCCUGGAGCUCCCAUCUUGACCGGCAUCGGCGUAUCCACAUGGGUGAGAAACCCUACCGCUGCGGGGAUUGCGGGAAGAGCUUCUCCCAGAGUUCCCACUUGGAGAGGCACCAACGUGUCCACGCCGGCGCCGAGCAACCUUGCCAAUGCACCGAUUGCGGGAAGAGCUUCUUGGCCUCCAACAAACGCCGGCGGCUGUUGACCGGCACCGGUGAACGACCCUAUAAGUGCAGCGAGUGCGGGAAGAACUUCACUUACCGGGCAGAGAACGUCAAGCACCAGGGGACGCAGACGGGGGAGAAACCCUAUACCUGCCCCGAAUGCGGGAAAAGCUUCGGGCAAAAUUCGGCGUUGGUGAAGCAUCGCCGGAUGCACACGGGAGAAAAACCCUACAAGUGCGGAGAGUGCGGGAAGAGCUUCAGCGUCCGUUCCAACCUCAUCAAACAUCAACGGACCCACCUUGGCGAGAAGCCCUACAAGUGUCCCGAUUGCGGGAAGGGUUUCAUCCAGAAGUCGGACCUCACCAAGCACCGCCGGAUGCACACCGGGGAGAAACCCUACAAGUGCAACGUCUGCGGCAAGUGCUUCAGCGUCUCCUCCAACCUCAUCAAGCACCAACGCAUCCACCUCGGCGAGAAACCCUACCAGUGCUCCGAAUGCGGCAAGAGCUUCAUCCAACGUUCCGAGCUCACCAUCCACCAACGCGUCCACACCGGCGAGAAACCCUACAAGUGUCCCGAGUGCGGCAAAUGCUUCAGCCGCAGUUCCCACCUCAACCGCCACCAACGUACCCACGCCGGGGAC